UUUUUUUUUUUGAUGGGAGCAGGUGCUAUUUAAGGAGGUGACUGUGCCCUGACGGCUCCUCGCUUAGUCCAAGUCACCACUUUAUUUUUCAUUGCACGGGUCAAGCYCAGCAUCAGGAAGAAGAAGAGAGACGGGAAGGGACGAGGGGGAGGGCGAGCAUGUUUUCGGGAGGAGGGUAUACUGGUGGCCCCCGGGGGCCCCCGGUCAAGCGCAGGUCCAGUUAUUGUCCUCCUGAAAAUCCUCAGAUCCCUAAACCGCCAGCGCCAGGCAGCGGUGUUCGGAAGAGCAGCAGCAGUGGCAGUGGCAAGAUGCUGUCCAUGUCGUACAGCGAGAGCAUCCGGAGCGGGAUCAACCGCUACCAUUCGGACCAGGGGCUGAACCAGCCCCCGGCCAGGCCCACCGACCAGGUUGAGCUGCAGAGGCUGCGGGAGCAGAGGAUCGCCGCUCAAAUUAAGAACAUGGAAGACUUCCUGAARAUGAACGGCUUAGCUCUGGAGGAGUGCGUGUCUUUUCAGACAGGCAUGAAGUACAG